GCGGAGCUGCCGUCAUGCCGCUGUGGGCGCCCUAGCGAGAUGAUGCUCCUCCUGCUCAUCGCGUGUGUCGCAGUUACAACUGCCGAAAAUGCCACUAAAGAUUCAACCGAACCACCUUCGAACACCACUAAAGAGAUCUUGAAAGCUAGUGAAACAGCUGAUGCAUCAAAAGUUGAAAUAGUCAAGCAAAUAAGGAGACUUAACGACGACGGGUCUUAUACUAUUGGAUAUGAGGCUGACGACGGUACGUUUAAGAUUGAGAGUAGGGAUGUGCGCGGUAAUGUGAAGGGAACUUUUGGAUAUAUCGACAAGGAUGGUGAAAUCAAACGGGUGACGUACUCGUCUUCUGGGGAAAGCACUCCGAUCCCGGUGACAACAACCACAACGACCACGCAAAGCUCCCCAACGAUGAUAGUGAGAGUGAAUAAAACUGUGUCGUCGACUACAAGGAGACCACUAGCCACUGUGGUGUAUCCGACUCGGAGUAGCUUCACGACUAGAGGUACCGUAAUUCAAUCUAUACCGAGAAGGAGAGGCUCCAGUACGAGACCUCCAAACACAACCGAAUCAACGACUGAGCAACAGAAUCUCGAGGAUACAACCAGCAGCAUUUUGAAUUUGUACAAACCGAAAGUCGAGGAGAACAUUAGAACGAGAACACAAAUAUUAAAACCCAUGUCAGAUAUACUUAAAGACGACCUGGUGACAAGGCAGACUACGACCAAAUUGCCGCAAACCGUGAAGCCCGUUUAUGAGCACGUAACCGAAAAGGCACCGGAGAGUGUGCUGAAGAUGAACACAUUUCGAAGAGAGUUACCAAGUACGACUACUAACCCUCAUAUGAUCAACCUUCAGCAGUCAGCUGGUGAUGAUUCCACUGACGAAUACGGAAGUCAGCUGUCACUUGGAACUAUACGUCCAUUGUUUACGACGACCACCCCACGACCUCGAUUGGUUCCUAUUCAAUCAAUCGUGGCAGCAAGGCAGAGAAUACAGCAACGCUACCAGGAUGCACCUCUGGAUGACCAAGAAACAACGAUAGAAGCAAGCACAGGCAGAGUCUUUGAUAGUCAAGGUGUCGUGACUUCUAAUCCGCUUCCAGUUGUUCAUAUACCAGCACAGAGAGAACCUGAUGACCGCGCGUAUCAGCAAACAGUAUAUCGAAGACCGCCAGCAGUUCAGUUCCGCACUCGGGAAUAUUUGCGAGAUAAUCCCGGAGCUGCCGUACCUAUAGGUAACCAGCGGCCCUUUCUCCACUACGAAUACGAGAAAGUACUGGAGCCUCAAUACGAUAAGGAGCCAGUCCAGACUCUUCAGAAACCAGAACCGACCGCAGCGUCAUAUGAUACUAGACCUGUGACACGAAUUGUUCCUAUACCGGUUGACGAAAGAGGCGUUCCAAUACCGGGGUAUCAGGCAAGGUUCGCUAAUGCGUAUAGACCACAGCCAGCUCUCUUCCAGCCUCGGUAUGAGUCCGUAGAUGACAUGCACAGUAUUUCAGCACCGGUUAGUACACGGGACUUAAGACGUUUACUGUACAUUCUUAUUCUGAGGCAGAACCGAUUGCAGGCGCUUGUGGACCAAAUGAUGCCAGGAUCUGCGUACCCAAUGCCGAUCUACAGAGACGAAUAUAGAUACCAAAAUCGUUAUCAAGAUGAUGGAUACGAUUAUAGAUACGAUCCAAAAUAUAGGAACGAUUACAUGCAGCCCAUGUAUGAAAAUCAAUAUGAGAACCAUCGGUACUUGCCUAGAAGGAGGAUGUAUCCGCGUCCUUAUGACACUGCAGGUUCAGCCUCGAACCACAUUGAGGAAGUUCCGGAAUUCCUGCCACCAGAAGUAAGAGAGGCAUUGCUUCUGAAGAUGUUGAUUUUAGCUAUUAGUCCGGAUUUCGCGCCGACUCCUGUGCCGCCCACGGAAUUGACCACUGCUGCUCCAAUGAGAAAACAAGUAAGAAACGUUCAGAUACUUGGAGAAGAGGGCCCUAUGACUGAUAAACAGAGACAUUGAGGUACUAUAUUCAUAUUUAUAAGAUUGAAUUUUUGUCCCGAAAUUUUAAUUGUAUUUUAAUUACUUUAGAUAUCUUUGGAUGUAGGGACAUGAAUGUUUUAAUGAAGCAUGGAUAGGAUUACAUUAAUUUUAUACAAUUUAGAUAACUUAUGAUCAAUACUCAAAAUAUGUUUCUUUUUGUAAAUAUUUUUUUAUAA